UCCCAGUGAUUAGGCAUACGUUUUUGCUUAUCGAGGGGCGUGCGGGAAAACAUAAAUUAGGCAGACGCCAGGGCGGGACCCAUUCAGCAGUGGAGAGUCCGUAGACCUAUGCCAAAAUCUUUGGGCACCCUCCAUACGGUGGGGAGUGCUGCAGGUCGUGAUAAGAGGCCCGGAAUCCCAGUGCCGAGUGCCAAACAGGCACACCUAAUUACACCUGCGAUAGCGAGGGGCGCGAACAAAUCAGUUGCCGAACUAAUCGAGAGCUAGAUGUGGUGAUUGGUAUUAUCAGAAGAUUGACUACCGAUUCCGGGCUACCGAGGCACUUAAAUGCGGCUACUCUGCCUGGUUGCCCACUUAGUCGCUCGCGAAUUUUGGACUACUUCAAAGGCGUUGGGAAAAGAAAAGAAUGCGAAAAAUAGGCUAUAGUGGUUUCUGGACGGUUCUGCUGCUGACUGCCGGUCUGCAGGGGGCCUUCGCCCAGUUGGCCAAUGUGUGCCUUGGACAGGAGGAUGGCGCUCGACUUCCGCUGGCCACCCACUGCUCUCGGUUUGUGGUUUGCCUCAAGGGCGACGUCUCCAUCAUUGGCAGCUGCCCGCGCGGUCUCCACUUCAAUCGCGAGCUGGGGGAGUGCGACUUCCAGUGGCGAGCCAAUUGCCUGGGACUCUCGGCCUUUGCCGGAGUGGAUGAUCAGUGCGCCUGCGACUGUUGCGCCGAGGAGUGCCAGGAUCCCAUCGAGGACAUCGAUGAACUCACCACCACUGCCACCACAGUCACCGAGGACUGCGAUCCGGAAACCCCCACUGCGGUCACGGACGCCACUGAUGGAACCACUGAGUACGAGGACACCAACAACUCCUCCAACACCACUCCUUCCACUCCAGGCGUGGUGCCCUCAUAUUGCAAAAGCCCACUCACCAAUUGUGUGAAUGAGCCAACUGGCACCUAUAUCGAUCUGCCCGGGAUCUGCGUGAGGUUCAUCCAGUGCAACAGUGGGUGCUGCGAGGAGUUCCAGUGUCCCUCCGGCUUGUACUUCAACAAGGAGAUCGAUGACUGCGACUACUGGUGGAACGUGGACUGCACACCCACUGCAGAUGCUUCGGAUGAAAUCGAGGGGCCCUCGGGAACGAAGUGCUCCGAUUCGGGAAGGUGCGCCGGUCAAAAGGAUGGAGUCAUGCUAAAGGACUACGAUUCGAAUGGAUAUUUGGUCUGCCAGUGUCAGUGCCCCAUUCAAAUGCCCUGUUCCGAGGGCCUGGAGUUCAAUGAGACAGCUCAGGUGUGCGAUUGGGUGGGUAAAAAUGCCUCCGCGAGGCUUUCCUCAGCGGUUACGUGUCCCGAGGGCCUGGUCUACAAUGCCACCGCGGACCAGUGCGACUACCCGGCGAACUAUGUGCCCGAGGUGGCCUGCAAUACCACUACCACCGUGUGCCAGAAUCAGCCGGAGGGUGAGCUCUUCCCGGUGGAGGGCAAGUGCAACAUGUUCUACAAGUGCAACUUCAACUGCGCCGUGGAGCAAUACUGCUCGAACAACCUGAUCUACAACGAGGAUACGGAGCAGUGCGAUUAUCCCCAGAACUAUAAGUGCAAGUGGGACUACUCCCCGCCCACGGGUCCCGAGGCAGGGCCCUCGGGCAUCGCCUGCGAGAGUAAUGGACGCUGUUUGGGCCAACCCGAGGGUACAUUCUUCAGCUCCACCAAAAGCUGCGGCAACUAUGUCGUCUGCCAGUGCGAGUGUGAAGUCGAGAUGGAGUGCCCCGAUGGACUGUACUGGGACCAGGACCGGCUGACCUGCAAUUACGAGGACGACGUAGCCUGCACUCUCUAGGUGACCGAUUGUCGAAUAAAGCAACUCUUUGUCA